AUGAUUGUCUACAUCUUGCAUCGACUCCUCUCAAUGGGAUUAUCGCUCUUUGGUGUUUCGCUGCUCGUCUUUUUCAUGGUGCAUCUUAUUCCCGGUGAUGCUGCCCUCGCUAUUCUCGGUGAACGUGCCACAGAGGAAUCAUUAACAGAACUCCGCCGUCAGAUGGGGUUAGAUCAGCCGCUAUAUAAGCAGUACGGGGUGUUCCUGUGGGAUUUGGUGCAUUUAGACUUGGGACGCUCGUUUAAGACAAACCAACCGGUCAUUGGCGAAAUCCUCCGCAAAUUUCCUGCGACAGUAGAAUUGACGCUUGCAGCGAUGAGUUUCUCAAUAUUUUUCGGCAUGGCUGCGGGGAUCAUCGCUGCUGUCAAUCGUGGAAAGUUUUGGGACUACACGACGAUGUUUGGAUCGCUAGCGGGGAUCUCAAUGCCAAUUUUCUGGCUCGGUUUGAUGCUCAUCCUGCUGCUGGCUUACACCUUCCCAAUUUUUCCUAGCUCACAACGGCUCGACGCUAUAUUAGAUCUCGACGUUCAGCACCGUACUCACUUUUAUCUGAUUGAUACCCUGCUCGCUGGCAACUUUGCUGCGUUUCGAGAUGCAAUUAUGCACCUCAUCCUCCCUGCGAUAACACUCGGCACGGUGCCGUUAGCGAUAAUCGCUCGUAUGACACGGUCUAGCCUCUUAGAAAUCCUUAACCAACAGUACAUUGUAACCGCCUACGCAAAGGGGUUACCCAAACGGGUCGUGAUCCUCAAACACGCCUUAAAAAAUAGCGUCAUUCCUGUGUUGACAGUCAUUGGUCUUGAAUUUGGCUAUCUGAUGGGCGGUGCAAUUUUAACGGAGCAUAUUUUUUCUUGGCCCGGAUUGGGUUCGUGGCUACGGGCUGCUGUCGAAGCGCGUGAUAUUCGUCCAGUACAGGGCGGUGUUCUCUUUGUCGCUACGGUUUUCAUGACGGUGAACCUGAUUGUCGAUCUGCUCUACGCAUAUUUUGAUCCGCGUAUCCGAAUCGGAGGAGAGGCAACAUGA